GCAAACGUCGGCCUCGGCGCAAAUGUCGGCCUUGGUGCUAACACUGGCCGUGGCGCUAACGUUGGCGUUGGUGCAAACGUCGGCCUCGGCGCAUAUGUCGGGCGUGGUGCUAACACUGGCCAUGGCGGUAACGUUCGCCGUGGAGCUAACGUCGGCGUUGGUGCUAACGUCGAUGCCGACGCUGGACUCUCGGCUGGGGCCAGAGUUGAUGCUGAUGCCAACCUAUCGGCUGGUGUCGCUACCACUCGCCGUCUGCGGAGCAACUACUAAAUAUCUGCUGCUUGCCUAGAAAGUAGCAUUUCCUCGUGUAGAUACAUUUUCUGCUUUUCAAAAUUUUUAAAUCAAUAGAUUACCGUUCAUUCAUCAUACU